AAAAUUUCCGCUGUCAGUAGCGCUCUAUACUCGACAUUCCUGCUUCGACGUCUGACAAGAAAUGGAGAGCAAUUCGCCUACCAUUUCAGCUGAACCAGUUGUUCAGCAUCGCCAUGUUCAAAUUCAGACACUCUCUAAAGCCAUAGACAAUGCCUCUAACGCUCAGCUGUGGAAGGCAUUAGGGCAACCUGACGUACCUGUCAUUGUAAUGUCGAACAUCUGCACGCAGAUCGUACAAGGAGUAAAGACCGACAUUGCCAACCUGGUGCCUGUGUUGGAUCAGCUGACUGCAUUCAUCCUAACCGUCAGGAAUGUUACAAAGGAAAGUGUGCUAUUACGUGCAAUCACUAAGCUGCUGCUUUGGUACUGCACGCAAGACGACAGCACCAUAACGUUCAGCGUGCACGCUUCACACUCCGGGCACGUUCAUCCUUUCAUUACUUUAUUGCAACAUAACCAAGUCUCGAACGAACAGCUAUUAGUUGAAAUUGAUUAUGCUCUGAGUCAUGAAGUUGCAUGCGUUUUUCCCGACAAAUUCUUUGCAACAUUUGAGCCACUCUUCGAUACUAUUUUACUUUUACCAUCCACCAUAUCGCCAUCCAUGUUGAUAAAUAGGAUCACAAAGUGUAUCAGCACGACAUCUUCCGAAUCAUAUGAUGAACUUCGAACCGAAGCGUUGAAUUAUUUACUCUCGGUGGCCGAACGAUCCUUUCGUCAAGAUGGCACUAUGCCAUUUCUCCUGCUUUCUGAGAUUACGUACAUAUUGGUGGAAUGCAGCGAUCUACAUGCCCUAUUAGAAAGCGAAGAUCUGCAUCAGAAAGCAACUGAGCUUAUCUAUAUACUUUUACAAACAGCUUGUGACGCGGCCGCGGCAAAUCUCCCAGUUCUAUCAUAUAUCCAGCUAAUCCAACAACUCAUGUCCGCAACAGAUCUUUGCGACCCCAAUGUUCCCAUUUGCAAGUACAACCCUGAACUUUUGUGGACAAGUUUGUCUUUGAUGCUUUAUAGUGCUCAGACUAUGGAUGAUCAAUCCAUCUUGACUGACCUAUUAGCUGACAUAUUGCCCUCAACGUCGCCAUCUAUCUUAAGAGUAGCUUUAUUCCCACUCAUACAAACCCUAACAGAGGUGGAAAACGACUCCUCAACCAACAAUGUGAAGCUACAGAUUUUGGAAAUGAUACAAAUGAUCCAAGGUCGCCCGCCACCAAAUGACGAUGUCUACUUGCAAAAAACGUUGAGCAUAUACCAGGAGAUGGAACAUUUCAAAAUAGGUGGAUUCCUGCAGUAUGCUGUAUCAUCUAUUAUUAACAGAGAACCUUCCGACAUGCUAAAAGAUUCCUCGGCUGACACUGUACCACGGCAAAUGACAAUGGGCAUAGCGCUCCUCCGCCUAACACCGACUUUGUUCGAAAUGUCAGGGGAAGCUCCACUACAGAGCGUAGACAACUUUGUACGAAUUGCCACAAAAGCCUGUUCAAGCUCAAAGAAGUUCCCUGCAUUACUUCUACUGCUACACGUUCUUCAUGAGAGUCAUGAUCAAGCAGAGUAUACCAAUCAUAUUUUACAAGUCAGCAUACCCUCUUUGGUCCGUUCGAAUGAUCCAGUUUUAACCUCCAAAGUCCUUAAAAUUGCUAUGUCCCUCAUACAAGGGCGUACACCAAAGCAUCAAGGUAUCUUCCAUAAAGACACAAUGACGUCGCUCACCUGUGUUGGAAUUCGAAUGCUGUGCACCGUUUAUGAAAAGCAACCCAGAGUUUGGCAAUACCUGAAGGUAGUCAUUCUGGAUUGGAUCAAUUACCGAAAAUCCGGUGCUCGUGGAUUCUCUAAGCGGCCACUCACCGUCAGUGAGCAUCAGACAGAAAUGGCAAUUCUCCUCACUACUAGAAAAUUAUUUGAAGAGAAGCCCAUGGAAACGGCUCAAGACAUUCUUCCAGGCAUUGUGUCUCUGUUGCAAACCGUAUCUGAUUUAUCCAUGCCGAGCAUUGCCUUGAUAGUUCUCUCAAUCAAUGCAUGCGUGAAAGCCGACUUGUUAGAUGCCAGAUCAAUCUGGACAAUCGUUCUCAGCUACGUUGCUGCGUAUGUAAACUCGCAAAAACAAGAAUCAAGCAUCCCGGUAAUUAAGGCGUUAUGCAAAUUCUUCGAAAUUGUGGGUGGCCUAAAGGAUGAUAGUGAACCUGUUUCAGCUAUGCGAGAAACAAUUUUAAUGGAGUACAUCGCUGUGUAUAUCAAGUCCACUAUUCCCGAAAUCAAAAAGGCAUCCAUUUCGGCCCUAUCAUGUUUCCAACCUACCGAUAUCAUGUCCAUUAUGGAAGAACGCCCGAAAGACAGCAUCAACACAAUGCUCUCUGAUGGCGCCAUUCACGGGUAUGCAGGUUCACUCGCCAAAUUAAUGACUUAUGAGCUGGAUCAUAUGCGCCGUGGCCUGUUCAGAGAAGGUGAUACUGCGCAAAGUAAUCGAAAACCUGCCACCGAAAGCAAAUGUAGCCAAGAAUCCACUAGUCAAGAGCGUCAGAUCCUGCAAAAAAUAGAAAGCGAAUGGAAGAACUUCUCUGUUAGCCCUGGCUUACGUAGUGGAUAUGCCUUAGCAAGUCUGUUUGGAUAUCGCGUCACAAGCAGUCCGGCAAGAGUGCCUGCAGAUUUGACGAGACAGAUGUCAGCUGCUUUGACGGACAUCAACUUGUCGGACCAUUUGUUGAUUCGAAUCGGUUCUUUUUCAGCAUGGGAAGCAUUGUUUGAGGAUGCUAUCGGAAGUAGCGUGGAGUCUGCUGAACGACAGACUGAAGGGGUCAUUGAUGACCUUCUCAACCGAUUAGCAUCCAGUAAAGUCCCUGGUUUGACCUGUAACAUUCUUACGGCUCUAUCAGGAUGUAUUAUGGCCCUGCAGAAACUGUCUGCCUCAGCUGCAACCACUGCCGCUGCUAAAGUGAUGGAACGAUUAAUGCCUGACUACUUUGUAAGCAAGUCCAGCGAAAAUGCCGCCGCAUCGUCCUUGGUUCUCAAUGAAGAUGUUCAGUUUGCCGUCCGAUUCUGUAUUGGAAAUAUAUCUGAAUGCGUCAUAUCCAAUGAAAGGAUGAUCCAAAGCCUUAUAGCCCAACUCUUGAAAGACCUUCAGGAACACACAUCCAAGGUCACAAUCGAAGCUAUAGUGGAAUUACAGGCAUUCUCUUCAGGUUACGGCUUGGCCCGUCUUGUAGCUGCUAUGUGUGGAUAUUCCACCAAAGCAGAGUACAUCGAGUCUCUGAGCAACAGCACAUUGGCGACUCUUCUCAACCUCUGUUUUGACGCACGUUUGUCAGAGAGCGCUGUGCUUGGUAUAUGGAUGGGAUUGGCGUCUCGCUUCGAUCUAAACGAAGUAUACUCUGCUCGUCAAUUAGCUCAGCAAAUCAUCACUAAUUAUGAUAUUGGAAAGUAUAUGAACAAUGGCAAGGCUAACCUCAUUGGCGCAUUUUGGCUCUGUGCAUAUGCUACUGCUCAAGACGGCAAACACAUACAACCAAACGACAUAGAGCUAAUUUCAAGAGUAGCUUCAAAGAAUAUCAACAAGGAUACUGCACUUGGCCAACAGCUCGUUGUUCCUUAUGGGUACAUGCUCUCACACAUACCAAUUAAUGCUGACAGCUUUCAAUAUGCCCAGCAGUAUCUGCUCGAUCUUCUCAAUCAACAAUUUAACGCUGUUAAAACUACUGAAUCUCCCAUGGACACCAAGGUGGCUGCGGCAUUGACCCUUUCGGCUAUGCUUGGGACUGACUACCUAAACCCCGUCAUAGUUGAGGACAAACUAGACGAGGAUACUUUGGAAGUAGAGCAUGCAAGUGCCCAAGACGGUAAAAGUGCAGCUCAGCAAGGUUCAAAUGCAUGGGACUUCAUUGAAAAGCAAAGUUUGCAACAAGCUUGUCCCAGCCGUCGAGAUGUCAUGGAUGUCGCCAUACAGCAGAUUGGUAUAGGCAAGUCCAACGUGACAGGAAACCUCAGAGCCGGCAGGAUCACUGCUUUCACUGUGGGUAAUCUAUGUCGAAAAGCUCUGUUGCAAGAACAGCAUAAGAACAGCUUGAAUAAUCCAAGUGACCUAGAAAUCAUGGCGUCCACUUCUGCAGAGCCCAAGUCCUAUUCACGAUUAGCGCAAACAACCAGCUGGCUGAGAAAUGUGUUUGACACUCUGGUGGAAAUUAGCGCCCAGCCCGUCCAUAGCAUAAGUAACAACGCUACUAUGCUACUCCUCGCACUUCAGCAAACCAUAGGUCCACUCGCACCGGUGAACUGGUUUCCGAUCCUACUAAACUUGUCCAAGAUUUCGACUGAUAUUCAUUUAAGCUGCAUUCACUUUGCAUCAACUCACGCUUCCUCUUCUACGUCAUUGACAGAGUUUAUCAUUGUUCAACUUCGUCAAGUAGCUACAUACCUAGAAAAAGGCCAAAGUGUGGACGACAGGGUCAUCCAACUACUUGUUUCUGAAGUUGGAUUAGGCAAGAUGAUGGAACUUGCCGGCCUCUUAGAACAGGCGCCUUCUUCCACAGUGGGACAUCAUCGACGAGGUGUCAACGCAAUGCUCAAGCCGAUCAAAUUAUCUGAAGAAAGAUGCUUCGAAACAGUCAAUGCUCUUGUGUCCGUCUUUGCAAAAUUGUCGGAAGACUGUAGACAUACAGCUUUACAUACUCUUUCCCUCCAUUUGCACGACAAGUCGGAUAAACUCACCUGCGAUCUUCAUCACCUCGUAUAUCAACAGCUAUUGAGUCGUUUGGUCAAAGACACCAAUCCUCCAAGCGAUACCAUAAUACAACUUACGGUGCAAUGCAGUCUCGCAAGCCUAAACAUUGAAAAUCUACUCAAAGACUUAGAUCAAGUCUCCAGCUCUGAUAUGCUACACUCUCAAGUUGUUGUCGCAUGUGAAGUAUGCCAACGACAAGCAGGAACGACACAAAAAUCAUCUGUUCAAUAUCUUUCCACCAUACUACGAUCCUUAAUCAUGUUCAAAGGAGAAGUUUAUACCAAGACCUGGACGGUGUUGAUUCAUACUAUUGCAUCUGAUGCGAAUACGAAAAACACAUUAGACAAAUAUCAGCUCCUUAUAUCCAUGCUGGAUAUUGUUAUCAUUGUUCUUUCGCUCAAAGCCUCAGACCGAUACAGCUAUGCUAAACGAGGAAUCGCCCUUGGACUUCGGUCCGUGAUAGAGAUAUGCUGGUGGGCUAUCGAUGCUCCUCUGCAAAACGUUCAUGCUACGGCCUUAGAGCAGGCAAGCUAUUUGAUGGGGCAAGUGAUUUCGUCCGCCCAAGCGACAGGUUUUGUCAAACAUGAUCAGCUGUUGAGUCGUUUGUUUAGAGUACUAGAGAUUGCGGAAGAAGACCGAGACCUCACAGCCGAGGCGCACGUCAUUCAACGUAUAUUCGUCAAAACCCUUCGAAUAGUAUAUGCGAGCGGGAGUGGACCAGAGCAGAAUGGUUACAAAAUUCUUUGAUAAUAAAAUGGUGGUUGCAUGAUGUGUGCUUGUGUUUCCAGGUACGCACGUGGAAAGUCAUCUUUUUGG